AUGACUCAAAGCCCAUAUAUCAGCUCUAUCCAGUCUUCUCCCCUGGUGUCCCAUCCAAUCUACCAGCUGCCCCAGCUCGGAAAUCCAGCCCCAUUCGACUUGGGUGAGAGUCUUGUUUCUACCCAUGCAUUUCCUUCUCCACGAGAACCCUCCACGGGCUCCAAGUCUGUCGGGAUUAUGCGCAAGCUCUCGCAAAGCGCCAAAGAUGGCGUUUCCUCUGCUCGGCAGACGCUGCGCAGAAAAGCCUCCUCAUCAGCACAAUCUCGCCGCGACGAAAGUACCGGUCCCAUCACCAGACGCCGCAGCGACAGCAGGACGGCAAUGGCAACCGGUCAUCUCGCCGAUGCUCCGGCUGUGGACGUCCUACCUCUUGAAUUGCACACAGGCCUGGGCCUGUACGGUGAUGCAAUGAGCAUAUCCAGCGAGCCGACGACCUUGGCAGACGCGAGUCCUGAGGGCCAAGCUCCCUGUGUGCCGGAGAGACUGGUGGCAGGAUGCUUAUUAACGAAAAUCACCAAGAAUAAAAUGCAGGAGAAGAUGUUCUUCAUGGACGUGGAAGGCUCGCGUGUAUCGUGGAAGGGUGCAGUAACAACCAAAACGUUUCACAUUGACAACAUCAAGAGCAUCCGCAGUGGUGAGGUAGCUGCGAGCUACCAGCAUGAGCUUCGAGGGGAAGCCGUCGACCCUGGCCUCUGCUUCACAGUCAACUACGCAACCUCAGAUUCUUCGAAGCAGGUCAAAACUCUGCAUCUUGUCGCUCACGAUUAUCAUGACCUUCGACUCUGGGUCGAUACCCUGGAGAGUCUGGCCAAGCAUCGAGAGGAGUUAAUGACGAGCAUGAUUGGCUCAACAGAGCGUGAGUCAGUCAUACGAGCCCACUGGGAGAAUGAAAUGGCAAAGCGAACUGCUAGGCAGGACAGUAUCAAACCUGACGGCUUGGACUUCCAUGCAAUCCAGACCCUUUGCCGAAAGCUACAUAUCCAUAUCCCUGACAAGGAGAUAGAGGAGCAUUUCAAGUCGGUCGAUGUCAACACGUCAAACCUUCUGGAUUACAAUCUCUUCAGAGAGUUCCUCAGACGCCUUCGAGAAAGGAGCGACGUCAAGAAGAUCUUCGAUAGUUUGAAAGGCGCCAACUCCAAGGGCAUCCCACGAUCGCAGUUCAUCGAAUUUCUCAAGCGUGAUCAGGGAUUCGAUAUGCAUGCGCUUGCAGAUCCGCUUCACUGGGAGGAGAAGAUUAACGACCUUAUAUCUAUGUCCUUCCCUGAUGACCCGGCCAUGCGAGCAUUGGAGCUCAUUGACGCCAACGUGUUUGCGUCCUUUCUCGUCUCAAAAGACUGUCACGUCUACUCCAGCCCCGAGGAACCUGUUCCGGUCUUCGACCGGCCACUGAGCGAAUACUUCAUCUCAAGUUCACACAAUACCUACCUGACUGGGUGGCAGGUCGGGGGCACCGCCUCUGCCGAAACAUACAUCACGGCCUUGCGUCACGGCUGCCGCUGUGUUGAAAUUGACUGUUGGAACGGUCCGGAUGGGAACCCGAGGGUGACCCAUGGUCAUACCCGGACCAGUUCUGUGCCUUUCUCGGACUGCAUCAAUGCCAUCCAGAGAUGUGCAUUUGACGUUACCCCUUAUCCAUUGAUCAUAUCCCUCGAAGUGCAUUGCGACCCUGAGCAGCAGGCCAAGAUGGUGAAGAGUAUGAAACAUGUGUUUGGGGAUCGGCUCCUCCUUUACCCAUUGCCCGGCUUCGAUGGCCAACUGCCUUCCCCCGAGGAUCUCAAGCACAAAAUACUCAUCAAGGUCAAAUCCACAGAGCUCCAUGCUGACCUUGCGGCUUCCCGUCUUCCUAUUACUAAAUCCCGCGAUCGAAGUGCGAGUUCGCCGAAUAGGGGAAUAGCCUCCCCAGUAAGCUGGACACUCCUCAACGCACCUUCAGUCACAAGUUCCUUACUCAUCACACCGCCAGAAACCAUCUAUUCUCCAACUGAUCGCUCAGUCACGGCAACAAGCGCCAGUAGUGCCGAUGAGGAAAGCGACGCUCCGGCAAUCUCGCCAUCUACUGCUGAUAGCCAGUGCCGGCCACCGAAGCCAAGUAAAGUUGGUCCUCAGUUGUCUGCUCUGGGCGUAUACCUUAAGGGUUACAGCCUGCGUGACGCCAAAGAUCUUUCUUUCCAGCAAUACAAUCACAUCUUCUCCCUCAACGAGAACCGAGCUAUUGAACUCUGUCGCUCGCCCGAGGACAAGGCCAUGUUCGAAGACCACAAUCUCCAUCAUCUGUGCCGAGUAUAUCCCAAGACGCUGCGUUUCCAAUCAUCCAACUUUGACCCCAACACAUUCUGGAGAAGAGGGGUGCAGAUGGUUGCGUUGAACUGGCAGACCUUCGACGCCCAUAUGCAGAUGAAUCAGGCAAUGUUUGCCGCCGGCACUGAUGCAUAUGGUUAUGUCUUGAAGCCGGCUUACUUGCGCAAGCCUCGGACCAAGCAGGGUGAGUUUGAGCAUCGCGUGAAGCUCCCUCGCUACAGAAUCAGCUUCUCGGUCCAAGUCAUCUCCGCCCAGCAAUUACCUCGGGCCGCCAAUAUGGGCAGAGAUACCCCUUUGAAUCCAUUCAUUGAAGUCCAGAUGUUCAGCGCAGAGGACCGUGCCCGGGGGAUAGCGAAUGGUACUGGUGGCACAGAGACCUACUCCAAUGGCUAUCAUGGCAUCGGGUCGCCCUACCGCCGCCAAACGCAGAUCCGUUUUGGCAAUGGUUAUAAUCCUCAGUUUGGUGAAAACAUCGAACUGUCCCUGGAGACGAAAUACCCCGAACUUGUCUUUGUUCGUUUCAUAGUGCUGAACUCCGACGAUGGCAGACGCACAGGCAAAGGAAUCCGACAGCUUGCGGCUUUCACAGCAAAACUCGACAGCCUCCAGAAGGGAUACCGACACAUUCCCUUGUUUAAUGGACACGGGGAGGAAUUCAUUUUCUCCACGCUGUUCUGCAAGAUUGUGAAGCAGGAGCCGAAGUUGAUGCCAUGGUCACUUCAGGACGUCACAGGACGGACGUCCAGACCUAGUGUGCUUCGAGGCAUUCUUUCACGUGGCCUAUCGAGUGAUCGCGGCAGAGAGCGAUUGUCCAGUGGUGAGGACGUGCGUGCUGCCCAAGCCAGGCUAAAUCGCGAGAUCGAAGAGAGAGUGACCAGAAAAUGA